AUGGGUGGUCUGAAUCACAAUGACUCCAAUUCGGACCUCGAUCUCUUUGACCAGGAACAUGGUGAUAUAUCGACCAGACCUGUUCCGCGUCCAUUUGAACAAGCUUUAACAGGAGAAGAGCCGUUUCCCACCGUGGUAUCUUCUGCUGCGUCGCUCAAAGAUGUGCAGACCUGGCCCUUCACCCAAAGCGAGAAAGAUGAGGCGCAUGUGGAUUGGAACAUCGAGACACAAGGCCGUCGGGUUGAGUACGAGAACUUGACUGCGAUUGACUGGAUCUUCGAGUACACAAAAGAACGCCAGCGGCUGAGACGACUUCUGGCCACGAGCUCAGGUCUUCCGGGCACAGCCAGACAACUUCUUGAUGCUAGUGUCGUCUGGAUUGUGCUUGUCGCAACGGGCUUGAUGGUUGGCGUUAUCGCUGCCUUCAUUAACAUCGCAGCUGACUGGUUGGGUGAUACCAAAACGGGCUACUGCAAGAGCGUAGGAGCAGAGAAUCAGUUCUACCUGAGCAAGCAGUUCUGCUGCUGGGGUCAUGACGAACUGUCGCAAUGUCAGAACUGGACUCCUUGGAGGAGAGCUCUCCACAUAGGCAAUCUCGGAGGGGCGUAUGUGGUAGAAUACAUCUUCUUCGUGCUCUUUGCGACCCUGUUCGCCGCUUGCUCAGCUGUUCUGGUUCAGUCUUAUUCUCGAUAUGCGAAGCAAAGUGGUAUCCCGGAAAUAAAGAUAAUGCUGGGUGGCUACGUUAUUCAGGAUUUUCUCGGAAUACAGACCCUUGCUACCAAGACGCUUGGAGUUUGUCUAUCGGUAGCGUCUGGUUUGUGGCUAGGCAAAGAAGGUCCUCUGGUACACCUUGCUUGCUGUUGUGCCAGUCUUGCUAUGAAACCUUUUGAGGCUCUCUCACAGAACGAAGCUCGAAAAAGGGAGGUUCUGUCUGCCGCCGCCGCAUCCGGCAUCUCUGUUGCUUUUGGUGCACCUAUAGGAGGUGUGCUAUUCUCGCUCGAGCAGCUAUCUUACUACUUUCCUGACAAGACUAUGUGGCAGUCCUUUGUCUGUGCCAUGGUCGCAGCUGUUACUUUGCAAGCACUCAACCCCUAUCAUACUGGUAAAAUUGUUCUGUUCCAGGUUCGAUAUACUACUGGCUGGCACGGGUUUGAGCUCGUUCCUUUCCUCCUUCUAGGCGUUACUGGCGGUCUUUUCGGGGCUCUCUUCAUCAAGAUCAAUAUGCUAAUAAACAGGUUUCGAAGAUCAGAUGUAUAUCCACUACGGAACAGACCAGUGCUCGAGGUGUCCAUUACCGCAGUCUUUGCAGCUCUCAUCAAUUUCCCAAACCUAUUCAUGCGAGCACAGUUGUCGGAACUAGUCUAUUAUCUCUUCGCCGAGUGCGCUGCUAUUGGCAACAACGAUAUAUUCGGUCUCUGCAAAGCCACACUUGUCGGUAACCUAUCUAUGCUAUCUUUACUUGUGACGGCCGCUGGAUUGGGUACUCUACUAGCAGCCAUCACAUUCGGGCUUCCUAUUCCAGCAGGUAUUAUUCUUCCAUCUCUUGCAAUCGGCGCUCUUUACGGACGAGCCUUAGGUGUCAUCGUGGAGCAAGUCCAUAAGCACCAUCCGGAGUCUUUACUCUUUGCUGCUUGCGAACCAGACAUUCCUUGCGUCACACCGGGCACCUACGCCAUCGUGGGCGCCGCAUCUGCACUGGCAGGAACCACAAGAAUGACUGCCUCAAUUGUAGUCAUUAUGUUCGAGCUGACUGGUGCUCUGACGUAUGUCCUUCCCAUCAUGAUCGCCGUCAUGCUUGCGAAGUGGAUUGGAGAUAUCUUCGGAUCUAGAAGUAUCUAUGAUGCUUGGAUUCAAUUAAAUGAAUAUCCAUACAUUGAUAAUAGGGAGGACGUUGGAGUACCACAAGUUCCAGCUACAAGCAUUAUGACUAGAGUUGAGGAAAUGGCGUGCAUCAACGCAUCCAAGUCCUACUCGGUUGAAGAUCUUCGCAAUCUCCUGCGCAACGCACCUUCUAAGGGGUUUCCUAUUGUCUGUUCCCCAAAGCGAGUGGAAGUUCCCAACACACGGUCAACAAAAACACCCACGAUGCCACACGAUAAUAUUCUCCUUGGCUAUAUUUCUAGAACAGAGUUGGUACAUGCGCUCGAUCACGCUGAGAGACUAGGAGAAGUCUCUAGCUCGAGCAUUCCUGCAAAGACGAUGUGCUAUUUCAUGCAUUCGACUGAUCGAGAAUUGUUGACAAGCAUCGAUCUAAGGCCUUGGAUGGAUCAGACUCCAAUUACUCUUCAUGCAACCUCAAGCCUUCAGCUUGUUGUAUCAAUGUUUCAAAAGUUAGGUCUACGCUACCUUUUGCUGGUCGAACACGGAUGUCUCAGAGGGUUCCUCACCAAAAAGGAUAUCUGGUGGGUGUUGAACGUCAAUGAGGCCCAGAGGAGCUCGAUCACGGCACAAUUUGUCGCUGGUGCUGGCGUGCUCAGGGACGAUCAGGCCUUCGAUAUUAAUGAGGAGGCAGAAGGCUUACUUCGUGAAGACAGGUAA